AUGUUUCCCCGCGAGUCGGCCCUCCAGGAAAUAAUUGAUGCAUACACUCACCAGACCAUCACCGCGGGCCUACGUGGAGCCAACGCCGUCUACAAGGCCGUCUUGGGCGACGAGAAGGCGUUUAACCAGAUCUGCGCCGAGACGCCCUUGACGUUCGCUCCUGGCCUCCUCAGGGUUCUCCAAUCCAGCUCGCCGCCAACCACGGAGUUCUUUCAGUCUCUGCCAGUCACGCCUGUUACAGGCUUCUGGGCCGUGUAUGCCCUGCUCCUGGAAAAGCCUGGGGCGCCAUCCAGGCUUUACAUAGGGUCUGGGACAAACACACAAAGGGGAGUUAUUGCACGGUUCUGGAGCUAUGACGUGCAGCUCCAUGUGCCUACUAUGGUGGUGUCCAGCUUGCAAGAAGGCUACACAGUCAGUCGCCGUGGUCUUCUCUGCUGGGCCCCUAUCCCCCGCGCGACCAUUGUUGCCACAGCCCGCGUUCGCUUCUUGGCUGUUGAGGCCGUCUUUUCCCACGUCUUUUUCGCCGUUAACAACGCCACCAGCCUUGAUGCUGCAUCGAAGAGCUUCUUGCCCUGGACCAGAGCGUCUGUGGCGUGGGAGCCACUUUGCACCCACACAGCCCUGAAGGAGAAGCCUGUUGGCAAUUUCUCCCUGACGGAAGAGGAGGCAGCAGCUAUUGACGCCCGGAGGAGGGAACGCACAAGGGAGGUGUCGAGCAAGAAUUCAAAAAUUUACAGGGCAAGAGGCCUUGCCGAGGACCCCAUUGCCUACCGCGCCAAGAUCGCCGCAACCAAGCUGGUGUGGGCACAAAACAACAGAGACAAGUACAAUGAGCGGGCCGCUGGUGUUCGCGCUCGUGCCAUCGCGGCCCGGCGCCAUGUGUGCAAGGUCUGCGACUUUGUGGCCGCAAGCGCCCACAACCUCACGAAGCACCUGGCCACGAAAACCCACCAAGAGCAGGUUCGGCUGGCUGCUGGUGGUCGCCCAAAGGCACCCUCAAUUGCCGCCCUCAGAAGCCGGCGAAAUGCGGCCAAGGCCCUGGCGAGCAAGAGAUUCUACUGUGGAGUAUGCGACAAGAACUGCAACACGCAAAUCCAUCUCAACCAGCAUAAGGAGUCCAAGGUGCACCUCAAGGCCGUUGCUGCUGCCGAGGCCGCUGUUGCCGCCGAGGCCCUUGCUUCCUCUGAGUCUUGUGGCUUCCCCGAGUCUUGUGACGGCUCUGAGUCUUGUGGCUCCCCCGAGUCUGGUGGCUCCCCUGAGUCUGACGGCUUCCUCGAGGCCUUUGCUUCCCUGGAGUCUCCUGCUUCUGCAUACUCUACCACUGGACCAUAG